UGUUGUUACUCUUUCAUUUUUUUUUGUUCUUUUUUCUUUCUUUUCCGAUAUUUUUGUGGCCCCCACCCCCCGCCCUCCCCCUUCCCCUUUAAAUCUUACACCGGAGGACCAAUUUUGAAAACAAUUAAACGAGAUUAAGAAAAAGAAGAAAAAAAAAAUCAAAGAAGAUGAGUCUCCUGUCUUCCAGCAUCGGCAGCAUUCGCUGCUUAGCGGAUGAGGAAGCUGAUAACAACAUGCUUCAGGAUCUUCAGUUAGCAGCAGAACUUGGCAAAACUUUGUUAGAACGAAACAAAGAACUCGAGAACAUAAUUAAAAUUCAUCAAUCCACGAUUGAGGAACAAGCUCAAGAAAUAGAAUAUAUGAAGAAGCAAACUGCUGCAUUGAGGGAAGUCAAUGAUUCGCGUCUUAAGAUUUAUGAACAAUUAGAAGUCAGUAUACAAGAUUUGGAGCGUGCCAAUCAUCGGUUGGUCGUCGAGAAUACUGCCGAUAAAAAGCUUCUAAAAAAUCAAUGCUUAACAAUCGAAAAUCUCGAGACACGUUGCGAGGAACUUCAAAAGAAAAUCGAUGAUCUUACAUCACAGAGAGAAGUUUUGCUUCGUCAGCAAACAACAAAUUUAAAUCCUGAUGUCGUUCAAACGCAAUCAUCAGUUUCUUGGAAAGCAGCGGUAACGCCUGGUGGCAGCAUAAAACAGAGCGCUGCACCAAAUUCACCUAAAGUUUUUCAAGAAACUAUCAACGAUACUAACUUGCAACAAUCAUUGACGUUAAACUCGAACGAGGAAGAAUUGACGGAUUUAUUAAUUCAAUUACAAGAAGCUCGUAGUCAAAGGGUUAGAGAACAGAAAAAGGUUACUGAACUUGGCCAACAAUUGACAACGUUGUUACAAGAGAACGGUACUUUGGAAGAACAAUUAACGUUUUGGCGUAGCAAAGCACAGGACGUAAAGAAUCUACAAGAUGAAAUUAAUACUCUCGAAGAAGUUAGACGGGGCCAAUUAUGUGGACGUUGUCUUCGUGGAAUGGAUACAAGAAAUCAUGAUGAAUUAUCGGUUCUGGAUGGUGAAGAGUACGAUGACAUUAGUAUAGCAGGUUCACUUAUUAACGAACAACCUGAUCCUGAACCAACUGUUGUACAGGAGACAUGCGAGAACAAGACAGAAGUGGUGAUGAACGAGGUGGUAAAUAACAACCCUUACAGAGAACUGGUCGAAAAGUAUCAAGCUUUGUUAGAAGUCCAGAGAUUAUCUGCACCACGUAGGAAGAACAGUAUACCAAUGAUGGGUGGUGUUAUGUCUCUGCAAGAAGAACUCGAGAUGUCCGGUGAAUACAAUUGUUUCCAAAAUCCAUCAUCGGUUGAUAACGAAUUGCAAGAACAACAACAACAACAACAACAACAGGAAGUUGUUGGAAUGAAAUCAGGAAUGAUGAUUGGUAACAGCAGCACCAUCAAUAACGGUGUUAGCGGUGGUAGUGUUUGUGGUGGUGGUGGUGGUAAUGGUAAACCUGGAAAAGGAGAUAAUAAUAAUAAAAAAGCAUUUUCCGCAACACCAACAGACUUUUCCGAAGCGGAAACAUCGUCAUCCGGGUUUGCCGAUGAAACGAGCAACAAAGCUACCCAAACCGAUGGUAGGCCGGGUUCGUUCCUCUGUUCGAUUGCCGAUGGGGAGGAUUGCAAAUUUAGCAUUUACGAUGACAACAGUCCGUUCGAGAGUAGAUUUAGAAAGACCCCGGAAUACAGGCAAAUAUUUAGCGAGAUAUUUGGGGUAUUGAAACGUGCAGCUGAAGCAAAAGACGAAGGUGAAAAGUUACCCUUGUUGGAUGAUCAAACUAAUAACAGUAACAACACUAGUAAUAGUAGUAGUAGUAAUAAUGGGAACGUUACUUACAACGUUACCGAUAAUUCAGAUAAUUGUAAUGGACAGCAGGAUGAUUUACCGAGUGAAACUACGGAUGAUAAUCAAAGUGUCAUGUCUUCGGUAGUUUCUUCGGUAAUUUCAUCGGUAGUCUCUGAACCGCCAUACAAAAUGCAACAAACGCCAUUGUCAUCGAAGGAAUUAACAUUAAAGAAAGAAACUACAAGCAAUGAUCAUUCGCAAGCGGUUAACGGUAAGGUUAAUGAUAAAGUAUCGUUGGAUAGUAGGCAUGCUACUAAACUCGAUUAUGUUAGCGUUAACGUUCACGUUAAAAAGAAUAAAUCGUCGGCUAAGAAAAAUACCGCGAGAAAAUUGGCAUUCGGUAAUAAUGGCGAACGUCCGAAAACACCAAACGUAGUGUCAACCACUAAUCCAACUUUCGUACAAACGAAAUCUAACAGUGGUGGUAGAAGAAGGUUCAGAGCAUUGACAUCAACUGAACAGGAUGUUACAAAUGUUUGGAAUAAUACUUCUACGUAUAAUCAAUUGAAAACACGAGAAUCACCGAAUCCAAUUAGGAAAUCUCAAAUUUUCGUUAAUCGUAAUGUUACGGAACAACAUAGUCAUUCCUAUGAAUAUAGCGAGUAUAAACCAAGUACAGCAUCGGAAGAGGUUGCUAAAUUAAAACGUCUCGAAUUGUCUUACGCCGAGGUUCUUAGAAUGCCAAACAAGUCCAAAGGGAAUCAUCAUAGAAGUUAAACUACUAAUUAUUAUUAUUAUUAUUAUUAUAAUCUCGCCAAACACACACACAAAAGUAAAUUAAAAUAAUUAUAAUAAUAAUAUUAAUAAUUAAUUAAUUAAUUUAUAUGAUAUACAAAAAAAAAGAAUCAAUAAUUAACAACAAAUGAUUUAAAGAAAGAGACAUUUCUUUUUCUAUAUUAUUAUUAUACAUAUAAUAAAAAAAAACCAAGUGAGAUUAUGUUCAAAGGUUCAUUAGAUUUAGAUUAAUAAUGGAGCGCAUUUUCAAAGAGAAUUUAUUUAUUUUCCACGUUGUGUUAAUGGUAGUACAGUAUUGAAAGAAAGAAAAAAACAAACAAACAAACAAAACUCUCUUUUUUAGUUAUUACAUUAUAUUAUAUUAAAUAUAGGUAGAGACAUUUUGUAAAUAUAUAUAUUUCGAUUGAUUAAGUAAUGUAAUAGUUCUGUCGAGUUAGAUUUAAAAAAAAAAACAAGCAGUUCGUAUUAAUUUUAAGUUUAUUUUGUAUUUAUAUUGCCUAUUUUUGUAAAAGGUUCGUUCUUUUUUUUUUUUUGGAGGUUUCCCCCUUUAACCCCCUGCCGACAUUAACGCACACAUACAUACACACACAUACAACAUGGACCUACAGGACACGUUACACUUUUUAAAUAAUUUAUUAAUUAAAUUUUGUUGGUAGGGUGAGUGAGGGGGGGGGAAGAAAGACGCGGAGGGGUGUGAAAAUGAAAAAAUUAAAUAGAAGAAACAUUUAUGCCCGAAUUAUUAUAAUUUCAAUAUAUUGUAAGAAUUAACAAACAAUCCUGUCUCUAAAAAUGAAUGCAGAAGUGCUAAAAUUACUAACGUGCCAUUCGUUACAUCAAAUUGUAAUCAUAAACUGCUACACACAUACAAUAAUAUUUCGACGAUAAAGUUUUUAGAUGUGUGAGAUUAGAUUAUCUUCGAGAGAGAGAGAGAGAGAGAGAGAGAGAGAGAGAGUCAUUUUGUGCAUGAAAGAGAGAGAGAGAGAGAGAGAGAGAGAGAGAGGACUUGCAUGUAAGUGCGGUAAUGUUUAGCUUUUAUAUUCAAAUAAUUCAAUUAUUAAACGGUCUACGAUAUUAUGAUCUUCAUCAAUAAUAACAACAUUCAUCGUCGUCAUCAUCAUCAUCAUCAUCGUCUUGUAAUAGAAUAUAAUAAAUUCUUUCUCGGUGCAAUUCUAUACUUACUCA